AUGAAUUCACAAGCUAUGAAAAGUUUUGAGCAUCUUGAAGGGCUCUCCGAAGCUAUAUUCAAACGACUAUACCAACAACCGGCAACGGCUCUAGCUGUUUUCCGUCGAAUGCUACCAAACUUAGCGAAAACCUUCGUGAUGGCAAUGCUCUUCAACCCCGAUCCAGUUCCAGUAUCUAGCCUCGAAGCUUUUGUUCGCCCAGAUCAAAACAGGUUGAAGGAAGAGGCCUUUGGGAAACUCCGCCAAUUAUACAUCGUAACUGAAAGGCAGGGGACCUUUGCGCUGGAUGCGACUUUUAAAGUUGAACUGAGAAAGGCUCUUACUGGAGGGGGUUCUCCUGGGAGUUUUGGAUUGCCAUGUGAUACGGAGGACAAGAACCGGGUCGAUAUCUCCUUUCUUGAUCGGUAUGCAGCGGAGCAGUGGGAAUCUAUCUUACAUUUCAUGGUUGGGAAUGAAACCCAGUCAUCCCAGAGGCCAAGUGAGGGUGUGGUUAGACUGCUACUUCACGGAAAAUUGAUGGAACAAAACAGAGCUUCGGGAACAGUCAUCACACAGCUCGGCUUUUCGUUCCUGCUACAGGAGGUCAACUCGCAAGUCUGGACAUUACUUCUCCUCUAUCUUGACAUGGCCGAACAGCUUCGGAUGGAUCCUGUGGAUAUUCUUCACUUCUUAUUUCUCCUUGGCAGCUUAGAACUAGGUCAAGACUAUGAUAUGAAGAGUUUGACACCCACUCAAAAAGGCAUGCUUGAAGACCUUAGGGAUUAUGGUAUUGUUUAUCAGCGGAAAUCUUCAUCAAGGCGGUUUUAUCCUACGAGACUAGCUACCGGGCUGACCUCAGAAAUUCGUUCCCUCCGCUCCCCAGCCGCUACUCUAGCAAAUGCGACUCCAGGGAACGAUGAAAAUGGGUUCUUAAUCAUUGAAACAAAUUACCACUCACCAUUACAGAUAGCUGUUCUCAACCUUUUUGCACGUUUGAUAUCUCGGUUCCCAAACCUUGUGACAGCUCGUAUCACGAGAGAAAGCAUUCGGCAGGCGAUAGGUAAAGGGAUAACCGCGGAACAAAUCAUUGAUUACAUGACUGCUAAUGCCCACCCUCAAUUACGAAAAAACUCCCCUGUUCUGCCGCCAACAGUAGUCGACCAAAUAAGGCUUUGGCAGAUUGAGGGGGAGAGGAUGAAAGUUACAUCUGGCUAUCUAUUUAAAGAAUUUGCCACGAACGCGGAGUUUAACGCAGUGUGCAAAUACGCCGAUGAUAUUGGUGUUCUUGUUUGGAUUGACAAAAACAAGGGCAUGUUGUUUGUCUCGAAACAUGAACAGAUAGCUGACUAUAUCCGAAAACGCGCACAGUCAAAUCGGUAA